AUGCUAAUAUUUGAUCUGAACGGUACGCUUGUCAAACGUUUUUACAAACCAAACGGUGCCAGAACGGAAUAUGACCAUGAGUAUGAUAAUUUUUACGUGGUGAUACGGCCAUACCUACGCGAACUCACAGACUUUCUGCACACCAACGGCAUGGAGUACAUGUUCUGGACCAAUGCCCUGGCACACAAUGCGAAGUGCAUAACUCAGAUCCUGAUCAAGGAGGGCAUGCAGCCUGUUGCAUGGCUGCAUAGGCAGCACUGCUCGUUCAUCGACAAUAUUUGCAAAAAGGAUUUGUCGGUGGUCGGUGCAAUGCAUAAUAUCAAUUUGGAAGAGAUCUAUCUCAUCGAGGACAUGGCUACGCGAUCGGUCCAAGGACAGAAUGUUAUUUUGGUUGAAAAUUUUGGUGGUGAUAAAGCUGACAACGCCCUUUUGAAACUGAUUGAUGAUCUAAAGGAGAUUCGAGGCAAGGGCAGAAAAGAAAUGAAAAUGGCGGACAAGAAGUGAAAAUUGUGGUUGAAUGGGCGUAAAUUUUGAGUUAAAGAUUUAUUUAUCAGUCUUAUUCACCCCUCUGCCACGUUUCCUCAUCCCGUCCUUCCACCUCUCUAGGCUACCCCUAAAACACCGUAGUGUCAUAAACACUGGAGAAAUGACCGAUAACGAAAAAUAAUUUGGCGUGGAUUGCUCGAAUCGAGAGGUACUUAAUCGAACCGCCUAACAACAAUUAUUUUACCAAAGGCGAGUACUUCAUUUGAUGCUUUAGCAAGGAGUUAAUGAAAUGCAUCAAUUGACUAAUCGAGCAGGCUCAUGGUUUUUGAUCGUUUCUCGAUCAAUUAAUGCUCGGGUGGGGCCCUACAAUGCAACCUACCAAGCCGUAUCUAUGACCAGCAAUUGAACGGUUGAAUCAAUUACCGUGUUUCAGCGCUGAAAUGCACACCAUGAGACACUUUGGUCCUAUUCAACGAAUAGCAAGGUGUUUAUCGCUGUGCUAUUCCAUCAAAAUUCUAACCUGUGCGAGGAUGAAUAAAAUGUUUAGUGCAA